GUGCUGUAGCAGUUCGAUGUCCGUUGCAGAUCCCAAGCGCAAUCAAGCUAAGCAGAAGCAGAAAGAUCCCAAGCCUCAGGCCCCAGCUAAUGCGACCGAACGCUUGAAAACCGUCGUGCGCCGCCUACCUCCCAAUCUCCCCGAGGAGAUAUUCUGGCAGAGCGUUCAACCAUGGGUCACGGAUGACUCUAUCACUUGGAAAGUGUAUCAUUCGGGGAAGCUGGGAAAGAGGGCAAACCAGGAGAAUGUCCCUUCGCGGGCGUAUAUCGCAUUCAAGAAUGAGGAAGUGCUUGCGACCUUUAGCCGUGAAUAUGAUGGUCAUCUCUUCAGGGACAAGGCAGGCAACGAGUCCCAGGCAGUAGUGGAGUUCGCUCCGUUCCAGAAGAUACCCUCCGAGAAGAAAAAGGCCGAUGCGAGGAACGCGACGAUUGAUAAAGACGAAGAUUAUAUUUCCUUCCUCGAAACGCUCAAGGAUGCUGAAAAGUCCGAACAUUUGUCCCUUGAAGCAUUGAUUGCAGCAUCCCAACCACCCGCCGCGCCGAAAACUACGCCUCUCCUCGAAGCGCUCAAAGCAGAGAAGUCAGCUCAGAAGGAUAAGGAAGCUAUCCUCCGUAACCAUGCUCACUACAAGGACACUGCCGCCUCAUCUACUGCCAGGAAAGAAGAAGUCAAGAAGAAAUCUGCCGCUCCCACUGCAGCAUCGCAGAAACAGCCAGAAGCCAAACCUGCUUCUCUAAGUCGCAAGGCAAAGAAAGCCGCAGCCGCAGCCGCAGCAUCAACAGCACAGAAAACCACUUCUCCUCCUCAGGCAGCACAAACGAUUCCUCCCGCAGCGAAAGGCGUCUUUGCAGGGAAGGCUAAUCUGCCUGCCAAGCCUCCCUCGCAAGUACCUGCUCCUCGGCAACGCCGUCCCUCGCAGAGCCGCCAGCAGGCGCCUAAACUCCCUGCUGCAUCACUCCCUCCCAAACCAGCUGCACAGCCUACUCCUUCUGCCAGUGCAGAGGCUGCUGCACCACCCGCAAGCACUCGCAGAGGACGUCCAGUUGUUGGUCUGGGACGACACUUUGAGGCUGCGUUAAAUGGUGCAGUCGGCCCUAGCGGAGGAAAGAAACGAGAGAAAGAUGCUCAACCAACUCCCGCGAGCGAGCCUGUGCAAAAAUCUGUUCCGGCCAAAUCUAAGGAUGCCUAUGCGGCAUCUUCUCCCAGCCCCGGUGUUUCCGGUAUUCUGCAGCGCGGGGAUGGACACACUCCUGGGAGCCCUAUGAUUAUGCAACGCCCUCAGCCUACUCGUGUUCCUGAAGGUCCUGCUGCUGCUGAUCCACAUGUUGGCAGAGGUGGGCCGCCGAGGAGAGGGCGUGGCAGAGGUAGGGGAGCUCCUCAUGGUGGAUAGGCAACGUUGGUAUACAGGCCCAUUUUCUUGUCCGCUAUAGACGCCAUCGCGAGGCUGGCGGAGAUUUCAGUUGCGCUGCACGGAUUCAUUGCUUCUUUGCAGCGCGGUUGGCACUCGGGAUCUAACCGAGCCACCAAAGGGCAGUGACGCCUAUGUAUGUUCAUUUGGCGCGAGCCGAGCACGAACCUCUUGCAACAUGACUGAUACCUUUACGAAUCCCUUGGAGUAGAAUUGAUGUUGGUAGUCAGACCCAGUACCCCCCAUGCAUAGUGUUCGCCGAUUGUUCUCAUACACGCAAGCAGAGGA